UCCAAGAAGUAGUGACAUUUAAAUAGUGCAUCGAGUCAUGAACAGUCAAAUUAAUGUAUUUCGGACCUAAGUUUUGAGGGAAAUAUGUUACGAUCCAUAUCCACACACAAUUUCAUACAUUUUAUCAACCCACAAAGAUUAGAAUUUAAAGAUGGUACUACUUACAUAAUUGGUGGAAACUCGACUGGUAAAUCAGCCAUUUUUGAACUGAUACGUAGAAGUUUGUCAAAUGGUAUAAAUACAACGUCUUCCUCGUUCACUGUUGAUAUUAGUAUGGCAUAUACCGUCUGUCAUUUUCAAAUUCCAAAUGAGAUCAAGCCGCACUUUUCUUGCAAUCUAACUGAUAUCGUCUCUGGCCUAUUUGUGGAGAAAGUAGACAAAAGUGAUCAACCGAAACUUUAUUACUAUUAUAAAGUGUUAGUAAUUAUGAAAGAAUUAAAAGGCUUUGAAAUAUUAGUAACUAGAUUGGAAGGCUUGUAUUCAUGUGAUGCAGAUCAACUUCAUUCCCCAAUAUAUUUGUAUUAUAACAAUGAUAAAGCAUCAGAAUCUAUAAGAGAUGUAAUUAGAGAAGGCAACCAUGAUACCUAUCAUAAAAGUAUCCAGUCUCUUUUUGAUGAAAUAAAGCAAAAUGCUAUCUCCGAUGAAAGCAAUUGCAAUCAAGGAAAAGUUGACAAGAUAUUCAAGAGCCUUGAAGAUGGUUAUGUGAGCGUCCUGCCAAUGCGAUCCAUAGGUCCUUUACAGUGGACUAGAAGUGAAAAAAAUUGUCAUACAGAGAGAGAGCAGAACUAUACAAUCGCAUGUCAAAGAGCAGAAAUCAUAAAUAGUCUCCUAGACAGUGAUGAUACUGACACAAAUCUACUCUCAGACUAUCACAAGCUGCUAGUUGCUCCAUAUAGUUUUAAAAAAGAGGGACGCGAUGUUUUUAUGUAUAAUGACGACGGAGCAACCACAAUUAAAAAACCCCUCUUAAAAACUCCUGAGGGCAUAAUAGAGGCUGAACAGUUAAUUCUUCUGCUGUCUCAAAGCAACUUGUUCACAAUUACACUAGAAGAACCAGACAGAGGAAUGCACCCACAAAUGAUAACAAAAAUGCGAGACUGGGUUCUAAAGAAAGUGAAGAAUAAGACCGUUCUGGUUAUAUCCCACAACCCUACCAUUUUGGAUCAUGCAGUUCUUGACAGAACAUAUAUAUUCUCUAAAAGUAUCCAAAGAGGAAACAUUUCUCACUCUGUCCUGAAAUUCCCUGACGGAUAUAGGAAAUACGGAAGAAUCGAAGAAAUGAAGAAUCUUUUAUUUUGUGAACGCAUUUUAUUCGUAGAAGGAUUUACCGAUAAAAUCUUUAUUGAGGCAAUUUUCAAUGUCCUGAUAAAUGAAAUGAUCGACGAAAUUAUUGGUAAAAACAAGACAACCAAUGAUGAAGAGUUUAGAAAAUACAUAUCAACUAUCCAUGUCGCAGAACUUGUGGAUGGAAAAGGAAGUGGACCAACAAAAAUGAAAUUCUGUGAUAAAUUACAACGAGACUGUUGCAUAGUCUAUGAUUUCGACGCGGCUAAAAAGUCACCAAAGAAAGGAUCCGACACGAAAUUUACACUGAGAGUACAAUACAACGAAUUCGACGAGGAAUUCAAAGACAAUUCAGAUUUUAUAUCAAAUUCAGAUGCAGUCAAAAGAUUUACAUCCAAUUGUGACGAGGCAAGAACAUUUAUUUGGAUUGAGGGGGCAUUGGAAAAGGUAAUCAAUAAAGUUGCAAACGAAUUGUCUCCAGAAAUCAAGCAAAAUCUAGAAAUACCGAUUUCAAGAAAGAACUUCAAGACCUGGAAACAUAAUUUAGUUGAAAAGAGUGACAGCGACAUUGCUUCGUUAGCCAGGAAACUUCUAAAUUCAUCAGACGAUGUCGACAGGUUUUUAGUUUUUUUACAUAAGAUGAUGGAAAAUAAAAACUUUGCGAAAAUAAGAUCGGACAAAAGAAAACUGAGUUUGAAUAUUGACGAACGUGGAUCUAAAAGGAAGACUGUAUACCAACACACAUCAGAGGAUGUAGAAAUAAUUGAAGAUACAGAAAAAGAAUCAAGAACAGGAAUUUCUCAAGAUUUCAUGGAUUUUGAUUUAGAUGAUGUCGACCAUGUGUAAAAAUUUAAAUGUACUUAAAAUACUUCUUGAUUCACAUGACACGGCAGUUUUAAAUAUCUAGUAUUCGAACGUUGAAAGUUAAACUUGGAAAAAUCAGACACCUGCUGGGUUUUAAUACAGAAAUACGCGACGUUCAUUUUGAAAACAUUGCGGCCGGAGGUUUUAAGUAACUUGAAACACUAUUUCGCACCUUGAGACCUUUAAGUCGAAGCAUUUUAGAAGGAUAUUCUAAAACAUAGUUAAGAGAAUCGGUUCACCCCAAAACUCAAAGCAAAUCUGUUAAAGAUACGUUUCGUAGGUCUUCGAGUGUGAAACAUCCUAAGCACGUAAUUGUGGUCUUUCAAAAAUCUGGGGGAGGGGUUGCAAGCUUUCUUCAAUUGACAAGUCACGAAUAUAUUAAACAAAAUCGAGAAUCUUUCAACUCAUCCUGUUAAGCGAAGAAACAUAACGGAAUUGGUUCUUUUGUUUAACCAAUGAGGAGAAUAAUUCGCAUUACUUCAACAAAUAUGUGUUUUGGAAUGCCAUGAUAGAAUAAACAUAUUUGGUAUGCAUUAGUUUGAAUAUUUUACACUUUAAAAAUAUAAAUGUUUUCAGUAACUUUUCCAUUAUAAUUAAAGAAGAUGAUAUCUUUUAAAAAGAGUUAAACUUCCUUUAAACAGGACGUGUUUUAUUCUACUUUUGAAUUAUACUUAAUAUACUGUAAUCUAUAGCCAACCCGAAUGAAAGAUAUGUAAAGCGUAUGUCUUUGCAGUACAUCUAAUUGGACAAAAACAUACUGUGGAUUUAUUUAUAUAUUGACUGGGUUUAAAUUUACCGGUAUGUUGUGGGAUGUAGUAGUCACGUUGGUAGUCUUUUUUUUUAAUAUACUCUGAAUAUCAAGCUUUUACUUUGAGCCCUCCUUUCACAUCGAAGACAAACAUUUUAGAUGAAUUCCACUUGAUUGCACUUGUAACCGUAAGUUAUCUAACUAUAGGUCCAAUUUAACGACGUCUAAAAUACCAGGAAGGUCUCACUGUCAACUCAACAGACGUCGGCAGUCUAUGGCAAAAUAUUUUGAAUAUCUAAGAGAAUUGAAAGUGUAUGUUAUCGCGUUCUAUACUUAAAUAUUUUUUGAAAUGUUACUUGUGUAUUCGUGUUUUUUUGGAUGUCUUGGGUGGUCAUGUUUUGAAAAUAGUAUUUUGGAUUCUGAGUUAUUUUGAUAAAGAUUGAUAUUCUUAGAGAGAAUCUUUAUUUGUAAUAAAAUUAACGUUAAAGGGUUAUAUUUGAGUACGAUGAUAGAUUAUCUUGGCUGUAUUGAACCAAAUCUGUCGGAAUUUUGGAUCAUCAAUGCUCUUCAACUUUAUUUGGCCUUUUAACUCUUUUUUUCUAUUGUCACUUAAUAAUGUAUUUUGUUGACGAAACGCGCGUCUGGCGUACACAAUUAUAAGACCGGUAUCUUUGAUGAUACUUUCACAUCAAUAUUGACAUUUUAACAACACUGGACGUCAAGCAAGCAACAUCAAUCAAUAAUUUUGACAAGAGUAUUUUUUGUAAAAGUUGCAUGAUGGACUGUUGAUGUUAGUUUCAUUCGAAAUCAUGCGUUUUCUUGAAUUAUUUUAUUAUAAAUGGGUAAAAACGGUACUUUAAUUUGUAAAAUAUUUGGAAUAUUUUGCAAUGUCAAAUCUUGACCUUUGAUCUCGAUUCAAUAGCACCGUACGGAUUUUUAUCGAACGGACGAAACAGACAGUACAUAUAUAUAAGUCUUCGAAUAGCAUAUUACUCAGCCGCAAGUUAGAUAGGUGCAUUAAAUAUGUCAACUAAAACCCUUUUGAAAAGAUUUUUCUUUACUAGUAUCUUUGUUUUGACAUACAUUAUAAUAGGAAUACAUUGUAAAA